AUGCUGAAGCUUAUGGACACAGAAAAUAGUUGCGAAGAGGUUCAUAUUCAAGCAAACUCACGUCGAAAGUUGGAUUUUUUAGAUGGAAUUGACUUGAACACUUCGGCUGAAGAUGAUAGUGCGGAAGAAAAGGAGUUCGAACCUGUUGAAGCUUUCGCAGGCACUACUGUUGAUUGUCACUUCAUACAAGAUGUUAGUGACAAUACGAUUCGAGGGAUGUUUGUGUUCGGAAGCUCUCUGGUGGACAAUGGCAACAAUAACUACUUGGAAACCACGUCCAAAGCCAAUUACUUGCCAUAUGGAAUCGACUUCCCAUAUGGGACUUCUGGGAGAUUCACAAACAGUAAAAAUGUGAUUGAUCUCCUUUGUGAUCAGGUUAAGCUUCCCUUAAUCCCACCAUUUCAAGACCCCUCCGCUAAAGGAAGUAAAAUUCUUCAUGGUGUCAACCAUGCCUCCGGCUCUUCUGGUAUCCUUAAUGAUACAGGAUCAGUUGCGGGUAAUGCAACGAGCUUGAGUCAACAAAUUAUGGACUUUGAGGUGGUGACACUGGCAGAGUUAGAAGCACAGCUAGGGUGCAAUAGCUCUCAAUCGCUACCGAGCUACUUGAUUGUUGUAGGAGUUGGUGGAAAUGAUUACAUGCUCAACUAUUUCCUUAGGAAAUUGUACCUCCUUAUCAGUAUUGAAACCUUCACUGCAAAUCUCAUAGCCUCUCUUGAUCAGAAACUCCAGAAAUUGUACAGUCUGGGAGGUCGUAAAUUUGUUGUAACGUCGCUAAUGCCACUAGGCAAUAGUCCUGUGAUUACCAGGCCAAAUAUUAUUGGCACUCCUUCAGGUCUCAACUACGCAGCCGAGCUCUACAACGCUCGCUUGAAGACAUUGCUUGACUCUCUCAAAGCUCACUUAUCUGACUUCAAUUUCGUUUUAGUUAACCAAUAUAACAUUAUAUCUAAUCUAACACAGUCUCCUCCUUCCAGAACAGGCUUUAAAGACACACACAACCCUUGUUGUGCAGUUUCCCUGGUCUCUCAAGGUGGAAAUGGAAUAUCAUGCGAUAGAGGUGGGAAGACAUGUGUAGAUAGGACGACUUAUAUGUAUUUUGAUGGGUUGCAUCCGACAGAAGCUGUAAAUGUUGAAAUAGCAACCAAGGCGUAUGCUUCUACUCUCCAGGGCGAUGCUUACCCCAUCAAUGUCAGCCAACUCGUCCGGCUUCAAAUUUAA